CUACGACCAAAACCAUCCAUACUAAACGUGCAUGGCCUGAGGCUGCUUCUGCUGGUAUGCUAUCGAAACAUUGAUCUAAAUCGUAUGGCUCUCAUACAUUCUCAUGUCUACAUUCGAUGGCUUCGUGCAAGAGUUCCCACACAUCGCCAUCGACUACUUUCGCCCGAGAAGGGCAUCUGCGCCCGCUGUUGCGGCCUACUUCCUCUCGCAUGUUCACAGUGAUCAUCUGCAGGGAUUAGAGGAUGAGAGCUUUGGAGGUGCCUUUAUCUACUGCUCUGAAGCGACAUGCGCGCUCCUCCCCAAGCUGCAAACAAAGGAUGCUCGUCUCAAGUUCGCUCAACAGCUUUUGCCCCAGCGCUGCUAUAAAUAUGGCCAUCUACAACCUCAUACUGGCAAGCAGCUGCUUCGUGCUUUGCCAAUGAAUACGCCAAUAGCCUUGGUCGUAGCCGAUGAAACCAUACAAGUCACUCUACUUGAUGCCAAUCACUGCCCUGGGGCAUGCAUGUUUCUGCUCGAAACUACCAGGAGCAGUGUCUUGUAUACGGGUGACCUGCGUGCUGAAAGACAUUUUACCUCAUUCCUGAAAAUGCAACCAGUCUUGUUGCCAUAUCUCACAGGGAUCCGGCCAUUGGAAAGUCUGUAUCUUGACACAUCCGCACGCCCUUGCGGUCCAGUCUAUGCGAGCAAGAUGUCAGGCUCUGCUGCUUGUAUCAAGGCAAUGAUACAGUAUCCAGAAUCGACGCAUUUUAUCCUGCCAGCACGCUGUCUUGGGUAUGAGGAGUUUUGGGUCGCAGCUGCGCUUGCGCUCUCCACCAAAAUCCAUGUCGACGACUACACUUUCAAGCUAUUUGGUGCUAUACGCGGGUCGUAUGUACUGGGAGAAACAUUCUGCGGUGCGCAUGGUCUGUUGACACUCAAUCCUUGCGAGGCACGCCUCCAUGUCUGCACCGAUCAGCUCGUCCCUUGUCCUUAUGCGUUGAAUGCCGUCUACAUCAAGGCCGUCACGAGUGUCACAUUCAGGCAGCAAGAAAUGGGGAAUUCCCAAAUUGAAGCGGAAACCGAUCACGACGGCUCCAUCACCUUACACAACUUUGCUCGCGGAGAAACGCCGGUGCUGUUGAGCGAGGCCAAACCGGAUAGCGCCACUGGUGGUCUGCCACGCUCAUUGAUUGUUGAGUUUGCUCGUCACUCCUCUUGGCCAGAGCUCAUGCAUUUUGUGUCCUUGUUCAAGACGAGGCGAGUUGUCUCGUGUGUCGGAGAGGUGAGCCAUCUGUUUGACAGUCUGACAAUUCCAAUCAACGAGCCGUAUGGGGUGCCCAGCGCCACCGUCAAAUCACAAGUGCAAGAGAUGGAGGAGGCUUCUCAGGACCUGACGAUUGAAGAUGUCGAAAUCUGUACGCCAAUCAAGCAUGAAUCGCUGAGUGAAGUAGACCAAGGGGAAACCACAGUGCAAGCCACCAUGGCUGCACAUACGAGAUUGUCAGGGCACACUGCAGAGCAGGACCCGGACGUUUCCUUCGACCUGAUAGAGCGAUACAAGCGCUAUGCUGUGGAAGGCCAAUGGUCAGAGUCACCACGGGCAAAACGUCAAGCAGCAUGUCGAGAUGUGUAUCUAUGAAUGAGAGUCAGGAAUUAGAAG